CCCCGGCUCGGGGAGGGGGUGCGGGGGAACCUCGGCGGGGAUUGGCGCAGCGCGCGCCCCCUCCCCGGCCCCCGCGCGGUGGGAACCGGCAGCCCCGUCUAGCGCUGACGUCAGACCGUCUGCCUGCCUCCGACCGCGGUCUCGGAGCGAAACCCGAUCUCCUUGGACUUGAAUGAGGAGGAGGCGGCGGCGGCGGCGGCGGCGGAGGCGCUCGGCUGGGGAAAGCUAGCGGCAGAGGCUCAGCCCCGGCGGCAGCGCGCGCCCCGCUGCCAGCCCAUUUUCCGGACGCCACCCGCGGGCACUGCCGACGCCCCCGGGGCUGCCGAGGGGCGGCCGGGGGGGCGCAGAGGAGCGCGGUCCCGCGCACUGAGCCCCGCGGCGCCCCGGGAACUUGGCGGCGACCCGAGCCCGGCGAGCCGGGGCGCGCCUCCCCCGCCGCGCGCCUCCUGCAUGCGGGGCCCCAGCUCCGGGCGCCGGCCGGAGCCCCCCCCGGCCGCCCCCGCGCCCCCCGCGCCCCGCGCCGCGCCGCCGCGCCGUCCAUGCACCGCUUGAUGGGGGUCAACAGCACCGCCACCGCCGCCGCCGGGCAGCCCAAUGUCUCCUGCACGUGCAACUGCAAACGCUCUUUGUUCCAGAGCAUGGAGAUCACGGAGCUGGAGUUUGUUCAGAUCAUCAUCAUCGUGGUGGUGAUGAUGGUGAUGGUGGUGGUGAUCACGUGCCUGCUGAGCCACUACAAGCUGUCUGCACGGUCCUUCAUCAGCCGGCACAGCCAGGGGCGGAGGAGAGAAGAUGCCCUGUCCUCAGAAGGAUGCCUGUGGCCCUCGGAGAGCACAGUGUCAGGCAAUGGAAUCCCAGAGCCGCAGGUCUACGCCCCGCCUCGGCCCACCGACCGUCUGGCCGUGCCGCCCUUCGCCCAGCGGGACCGCUUCCACCGCUUCCAGCCCACCUAUCCGUACCUGCAGCACGAGAUCGACCUGCCCCCCACCAUCUCGCUGUCGGACGGGGAGGAGCCCCCACCCUACCAGGGCCCCUGCACCCUCCAGCUUCGGGACCCCGAGCAGCAGCUGGAACUGAACCGGGAGUCGGUGCGCGCACCCCCAAACAGAACCAUCUUCGACAGUGACCUGAUGGAUAGUGCCAGGCUGGGCGGCCCCUGCCCCCCCAGCAGUAACUCGGGCAUCAGCGCCACGUGCUACGGCAGCGGCGGGCGCAUGGAGGGGCCGCCGCCCACCUACAGCGAGGUCAUCGGCCACUACCCGGGGUCCUCCUUCCAGCACCAGCAGAGCAGUGGGCCGCCCUCCUUGCUGGAGGGGACCCGGCUCCACCACACACACAUCGCGCCCCUAGAGAGUGCAGCCAUCUGGAGCAAAGAGAAGGAUAAACAGAAAGGACACCCUCUCUAGGGUCCCCAGGGGGGCCGGGCUAGGGCUGCGUAGGUGAAAACGCAGAACACUCCGCGCUUCUUAGAAGAGGAGUGAGAGGAAGGCGGGGGGCGCAGCAACGCAUCGUGUGGCCCUCCCCUCCCACCUCCCUGUGUAUAAAUAUUUACAUGUGAUGUCUGGUCUGAAUGCACAAGCUAAGAGAGCUUGCAAAAAAAAGAAAAAAGAAAAAAAAACCACGUUUCUUUGUUGAGCUGUGUCUUGAAGGCAAAAGAGAAAAAAAAUUUCUACAGUAGUCUUUCUUGUUUCUAGUUGAGCUGCGUGCGUGAAUGCUUAUUUUCUUUUGUUUAUGAUAAUUUCACUUAACUUUAAAGACAUAUUUGCACAAAACCUUUGUUUAAAGAUCUGCAAUAUUAUAUAUAUAAAUAUAUAUAAGAUAAGAGAAACUGUAUGUGCGAGGGCAGGAGUAUUUUUGUAUUAGAAGAGGCCUAUUAAAAAAAAAAGUUGUUUUCUGAACUAGAAGAGGAAAAAAUGGCAAUUUUUGAGUGCCAAGUCAGAAAGUGUGUAUUACCUUGUAAAGAAAAAAAUUACAAAGCAGGGGUUUAGAGUUAUUUAUAUAAAUGUUGAGAUUUUGCACUAUUUUUUAAUAUAAAUAUGUCAGUGCUUGCUUGAUGGAAACUUCUCUUGUGUCUGUUGAGACUUUAAGGGAGAAAUGUCGGAAUUUCAGAGUCGCCUGACGGCAGAGGGUGAGCCCCCGUGGAGUCUGCAGAGAGGCCUUGGCCGGGAGCGGCGGCCUUUCCUGAGGGGCCACUGUCCCUGCAGAGUGGAUGCUUCUGCCUAGUGACAGGUUAUCCCCACGUUAUACAUUCCCUACCGAAGGAGACACAUUUUUCCCCCCUGACCCAGAAGAGCCUUUAAAUUACAAGCAAAAUAGGAAAGUUAACCACGGAGGCACCGAGUUCCAGGUAGUGGUUUUGCCUUUCCCAAAAAUGAAAAUAAACUGUUACCGAAGGAAUUAGUUUUUCCUCUUCUUUCUUCCAACUGUGAAGGUCCCCGUGGGGUGGAGGAUGAUGCCCCUCACAAGCCGCAGCGGCUGGUGCACGGGCUACCAGGGACACGCCAGAGGGCUCGAUGACUUGUCUCUGCAGGGCGCUUUGGUGGUGGUUCAGCUGGCUAAAGGUUCACCGGUGAAGGCAGGUGCGGUAGCUGCCGCACUGGACCCUAGGAAGGCCCCGGUAUUCGCAAUCUGACCUCCUCCUGUCUGUUUCCCUUCACGGAUCAAUUCUCACUUGAGAGGCCAAUAAACAGACAACCCAACAUGAUAAGGUGACAAGCCUGGGUUUCUGCCAGGAUAGGUGAAAGGGUUAAAAUGAGUAAAGCAGUGGAGCAAACACCAACCCGAGCUUCGGGCGCAGAAUUCUUCACCUUCUCUGUUCCCCUUUCCAUCUCCUUUCCCCGCAGAAACAACGCUUCAGUUCUGGUGUGUCUGUUGAUCUGUGUUUUCAUUUACAUCUCUGUUAGACUCCGCUCUUGUUCUCCAGGUUUUCACCAGAUAGAUCUGGGGUUGGCGGGACCUGCUGGUGACGUGCAGGUGAAGGGCAGGAAGGGGCACGUGAGUGUAAAUAGAGGUGACCAGAGGAGAGCAUGAGGGGUGGGGCUUUGGGACCCACCGAGGCCAGUGGCUGGAGCUCUACGUGUUUCCUCCCCAUGGGGGUGGGAGGGCCCCCAGCUGGAAGGGCAGACUCCCAGCUGCUACCCCCUCCCUUCCCAUGGGAGUGGCUUUCCAUUUUGGGCAGAAUGCUGACUAGUAGACUAACAUAAAAGAAAGAUAUAAAAGGCAAUAACUAUUGUUUGUGAGCAACUUUUUUAUAACUUUCAAAACAAAAACCUGAGCACAGUUUUGAAAUUUUAGCCACUCGAGCUCCAUGCAUGGGAAACGUGUGCUUUAAGAAGGUGGCAGCUGACAGACGUGGGCUCUGCGUGCCGCCAGCCUAGUAGAAAGUUCUUGUUCGUUGGCAACAGCAGAACCUGCCUCUCUGUGAAGUCGUCAGCCUAAAAUUUGUUUCUCUCUUGAAGAGGAUUCUUUGAAAAGGUCCUGCAGAGAAAUCAAUACAGGUUAUCCUGAAAGGUGCAAGGACGCACUUGUAAAGAUGAUUGAAACGUAUCUUUCCUUUAUGUGACGCAUCUCUAGUGCCUUACUGAAGAAGCAGUGACACUCCUGUCGCUCGGUGAGGACGUUCCCGGACAGUGCCUCACUCACCUGGGACUGGUAUCCCCUCCCAGGGUCCACCAAGGGCUCCUGCUUUUCAGACACCCCAUCAUCCUCACGCGUCCUCACCCUCUCUCCACCGGGGAGGUGCCUAGCUUGGUGAGGUUACUCCUCCUGCUCCUCCAAUCUUUUUUGCCAAGGUUUGUGCAUGACUCCCAUCUAGGCUGAAAACCUAGAAGUGGACCUUGUGUGUGUGCAUGGUGUCAGCCCAAAGCCAGGCUGAGACGGUCCUCAUAUCUUCUUGAGCCAGACUGUUUGGGUCUCGUUGCUUCAUGGUAUGGUCUGGAUUUGUGGGAAUGGCUUUGCGUGAGAAAAGGGAGGAGAGUGGUUGCUGCCCUCAGCCGGCUUGAGGACAGAGCCUGUCCCUCUCAUGACAACCCAGUGUUGAAGCCCAGUGUCCUCGGCUUCAUGCCCAGUGGGUGGCAGAAGUUCAUGGGGUAGUGGCCUCUCAAAGGCUGGGCAUAUCCCAUGAGAGCCAGCAGGUUGUCUCUGGAAACGACCAGAGUUAAGCUCUCGGCUUCUCUGCUGAGGGUGCACCCUUUCCUCUAGAUGGUAGUUGUCACGUUAUCUUUGAAAACUCUUGGACUGUCCCUGAGGAGGCCCUCUUUUCCAGCAGGAAGUUAGAUGGGGGUUCUCAGAAGUGGCUGGUUGGAGGGGGACAAGCUUCGUUUCAGGGGUCUGCCGUUCCAUCCCGGUUCAGAGAAGGCUGAGCGUGGCUUUCUCUAGCCUUGUCACUGUCUCCCUGCCUGUCAAUCACCACCUUUCCUCCAGAGGAGGAAAAUUAUCUCCCCUGCAAAGCCCUGUUCUACACAGACAGAUUUCGCGAAUUGUGCUAAGAACCGUCCGUGUUCUCAAAAAGCCCAGUGUUUUUGCAAAGAAUGAAAAAGGACCCCAUAUGUAGCAAAAAUCAGGGCUGGGGGAGAGCCGGGUUCAUUCCCUGUCCUCAUUGGUCGUCCCUAUGAAUUGUACGUUUCAGAGAAAUUUUUUUUCCUAUGUGCAACACGAAGCUUCCAGAACCAUAAAAUAUCCCAACGAUAAGGAAAAAAAAUGUUGUUGUUGUUGUUUUUCUGGAAACUGCUUGAAAUCUUGCUGUACUAUAGAGCUCAGAAGGACACAGCCCGUCCUCCCCUGCCUGCCUGAUUCCAUGGCUGUUGUGCUGAUUCCAAUGCUUUCACGUUGGUUCCUGGCGUGGGAACUGCUCUCCUUUGCAGCCCCAUUUCCCAAGCUCUGUUCAAGUUAAACUUAUGUAAGCUUUCCGUGGCAUGCGGGGCGCGCACCCACGUCCCCGCUGUGUAAGACUCUGUAUUUGGAUGCCAAUCCGCAGGCCUGAAGAAACUGCUUGUUGUGUAUCAGUAAUCAUUAGUGGCAAUGAUGACAUUCUGAAAAGCUGCAAUACUUAUACAAUAAAUUUUACAAUUCUUUGGAA